AGCUCGAAGCGGCACGCCGCCCCGACCGCCGCCGACACGCAACACACCUCCAUCUUGGUCUUGCGACAUAACAGGUUCGCCCUCCUCAAAGACCCAACUCAGCACAUCGCAAUCAUCACGACUUUCCUAUCCGCCCCCCUAACGGCGCCAAGAUGUCGAAGGUUAUCCGGAGCGUCAAAAAUGUCACAAAGGGCUACUCCAACGUCCAAAUCAAAGUGCGCGAAGCGACUAGCAAUGAUCCAUGGGGCCCGACAGGGACGCAGAUGAGCGAGAUCGCUCAGAUGACGUUUAACUCGUCGACCGAGUUCUACGAAAUCAUGGAUAUGAUCGACAAGCGGCUCAAUGACAAGGGCAAGAACUGGCGGCACGUCCUAAAGGCGCUCAAGGUCACCGACUACUGUCUGCAUGAAGGGGCAGAGCUUGUCGUCACCUGGGCCAAGCAGAACAUAUUCAUCAUCAAGACGCUGCGGGAGUUCCAGUACAUCGAUGAAGACGGCAGGGACGUUGGCCAAAACGUUCGUGUUGCGGCCAAGGAGCUGACCUCCCUGAUCUUGGACGACGAAAGGCUACGGGCGGAGCGAAGCGACAGGAAGACCUGGAAGGCCCGUGUCAAUGGCGUCGAAGAGUACGCCGCUCAGUACAACCAAGGCAGUCGCCCGGAGCCCCCGCGACAGCGGAACCGGCCGUUCAACGAGGAAGAGGACGCGGAAUACCGCUUGGCGAUUGAAGCUAGCAAACACCAGGAGGAGGAAGACAGGAGAAAGCGUGAGAGCCGAAAUGUCGACGACGACGAUGAUGACCUUGCAAAGGCCAUCAAACUCAGCAAAGAGGAGGAGGAUAGGCGCCGGAGGGAGCUAGAGGAGACUAACGCAACUGCUCUAUUUGACCCCGAACCUGCCUCAGCAUCGACAAGCCAGCCGCAAUUCACCGGCUUUAACCAGGGGUACCAGCAAGGGAGCGCGGUCGAUUUCUUCGCAAACCCGAUCGACCAGAACCAGAUGCAGGCUCAGCCUACGGGGUACGUGAACAAUGCAUACACGGGAUUCCAGCCGCAGCAGACCGGGUACCCGAACGGAUACAGCAACGGGUUUGUCCAGCAGCAGCCAGCUUUUGACCCAUUCGGUCAGCAACAACAGCAGCAGCCGCAAAUGUCGCAGCAGAGCUUCCAGCCCCAACCUACCGGAUACAACCCCUACAUGCAGCAACAGCAGCAGCAGCAACCCCAACCGCAGCAGCAACAGUUCCUCCAGCCACAACCCCAAGAUCCUGGCCUGCAACCCGGCAGCAACAACCCUUGGGCCGGGAACAGCAGCCCGCAAUCCAUCAAGCCCACGCCAACCGGCUCGAACAACCCCUUCGCCCAACGGCCAUCAACCGGAUACAAACCCCAGUCGACGACCACCCUCGGCAGCCUCCCCGAGCAGAAGACGCUCGCCACCUUCCAACCGCAACAACAGCAAUCGUCCUCCCCCUUCAGCGCCAUGCAGCAGCCCCAACCGCAAUUCCAGCAGCAGCAGCAGCAGCCACAGCAGCAACAGCAGCAGCAACCACAAAGAGAACUCACCGAACACGAGGCGCGGCUCAACGCCCUCCUCGCCGGCGGCGACGGCCUCGACACUUUCGGCAACACGGGCAACCUGCGCAUCCCCGCUCAACACACCGCCCCAGGCGUGUUUGUCAACAGCGCCGGCGCCGGGCUGGGUCGCAUGAACCCGGACGCGACGGGGAACAACCCCUUCCUAAAGCAGCAAUUUACCGGCAUGCCCGCUGUGUCGUAUCCCCAGCAGCAACAGCAGCAGCACCCGCAGAUGCCAGCCGCUACCGGCCCGGCUGGGAUGGGUAUGGGCAUGGGCAUGGGAAUGGGCGGCGCUGGCGGUGGGUCGACGAAUAACCCAUUUGCGGCCAGGGGAGGGCAGCAGCAGGGCCAGCAGGGGGGGGAUCUGAUCCAGUUCUAGGGCUGAGAUUGCGCGGUGGAGUGGAGAUGGGUGAGGGAGACGAAUACAGUGUUGGUGGUUGGGGGGACGAUGACGGUAAAGUGCCCAGGAGGUUGAAACCGGCACGGCGCAGAAACUUGGCCGGAGCAUGGAUAGGUGCGAGGCGCGCACACGAUGUGUGCGUGGGUGCCUUGCAAAGGCGUGGCUGUAUG